UGAGUUUUUGUUGUUCUUUAUUGCUCAGUGGGGUACUGUUAUUAUGGUAAGAAGCUAGACCUAGAACCAGGGAGAUGUAGGACUUAUGGAAAGAAAUGGCGGUACUCGAAAGACGCCUACCCUGACUCUAAGUACUGCGAGCACCAUAUGCACAGGGGCCGCAACCGUUCAAGAAAGCCUGUGGAAACUCAAACCAUCUCCCAGUCUCAAUCAUCUUCAUCAACGGUGAUGUCUCUCGCUCCCUCUGGGAGGAGCAGCAGCUUCCAGAGUGCUACUCCUCUGCAUGUUGUCACUGGUACUGGCAACAAUCCACAGGGCUCGUUCAGUGUUGCCAGCAGUGGUGGCAGUUCCUCCAGGCUUCAUGUUGAUCCUAGUUCUUAUGGCAUGGCCAACAAAGAUUACAGAGACUUGGCAGUUUGGAAAACUUUUCGCUUCCUGCCUUCAUGAUCUUUGUCUGGUUAAUUAGCUACACUUGUCUGACAUGUUUCUCUCAGUUCCCAGAGGUUAUGAGCUCUCUGCUCCGAUCUAGUGUAGGUUUCCACCAGUAGUAUUGUAAAGAAGGAUA